CUUUUAAAAGAGACAGAGGCUUAUCAGCAUAUUCUCCCGUUGUGGAAAUACCCACAGUGUGAGCAUGGCACAUGGUGCUAGGAUGGAGGUCAGACUUUGACCUACACCAUGCACGUUUUCUGUCAGAGAGCAUCUUUUCUGAGCCAGGGAAGGGAAAUCGAAUGUGAACACGGAGCUGUGAGAUUUUUUUUGAAAGCAAAACAGCAACAACAAAAAAAAGCCCCAACCACAAGUGCCGUCAAGGAGCAUGAACCUGCCUCCGUGUGACCAAAUCGCUCAUCUCCGCUACACAUCUGCCAGCAGGCUUUAAUCACCCGCAUCUCCUCCAGCGUGGCGGUGUGUUGGUGUCUGUGUGCCCAUGCCAGAGCCUCCCCAGCUCCAGGGGCUCCCUGAGGUGGUCACUGGGACCCUGCAAUGUUGAGCGGGAUGGGAGAAUGGAGAGGGACCCCAAGCUGCCCCGCAUCUGCGCCUUCCUCACACUGUGGCUGCACAGGAAGCACCGAGCGAAGCCCUGCAGCCUGCAGCUGCCAGCCCCCAGCCCGCUCCCCAGCCCGGGCGAGGGUGUUGUGAAGGAAAUCAACAUCACGCACCAUGUGAAGGAGGGCUCUGAGAAGGCUGACCCUUCCCAGUUUGAGCUUCUGAAGGUUCUGGGACAGGGCUCUUUUGGCAAGGUUUUCUUGGUGAGAAAAAUAACACCACCAGACAGCAACCACCUCUAUGCCAUGAAAGUGCUCAAAAAGGCAACACUGAAAGUGCGUGAUCGUGUAAGAACAAAGAUAGAAAGGGACAUCCUAGCUGAUGUAAACCAUCCCUUCGUGGUGAAGCUGCACUACGCAUUCCAGACAGAGGGGAAGCUGUAUCUCAUCUUGGAUUUCCUCCGAGGAGGUGACCUUUUCACUCGGCUUUCCAAAGAGGUCAUGUUCACAGAGGAGGAUGUGAAGUUUUACCUAGCAGAGCUUGCUCUGGGACUUGACCAUUUGCACAGCCUGGGAAUCAUAUACAGAGACCUCAAACCAGAGAACAUUCUCCUGGAUGAAGAAGGGCACAUCAAGCUCACAGAUUUUGGCUUGAGUAAGGAGGCAAUAGACCAUGAAAAGAAAGCCUACUCCUUCUGCGGGACAGUGGAAUAUAUGGCCCCAGAGGUUGUGAACCGUCAGGGCCACUCCCACAGCGCAGACUGGUGGUCCUAUGGGGUGCUGAUGUUUGAGAUGCUCACUGGCUCACUGCCGUUCCAGGGGAAGGACCGCAAGGAAACGAUGACCCUCAUCCUUAAAGCAAAACUGGGCAUGCCUCAGUUCCUGAGCGCUGAGGCACAGAGCCUCCUGCGAGCCCUCUUCAAAAGGAACCCAGCCAACAGAUUAGGUUCUGGUCCAGAUGGGGCAGAAGAGAUAAAGCGUCAUCCGUUCUACUCUACUAUUGAUUGGAAUAAGCUGUACCGAAGAGAAAUCAAGCCGCCCUUCAAGCCUGCUGUAGGCCAGCCUGAUGACACCUUUUAUUUUGACACAGAAUUUACAUCGCGUACACCAAAAGAUUCCCCAGGCAUCCCUCCCAGUGCAGGUGCACAUCAGCUCUUCCGCGGCUUCAGCUUUGUGGCCACCGGACUGAUGGAAGACAGCAAGGUGAAACCUGCACAGCCCCCUCUGCACUCCGUGGUGCAGCAGCUGCAUGGAAAGAACAUCCAGUUCAGCGAUGGCUACGUGGUGAAGGAGGCGAUUGGUGUGGGCUCCUACUCUGUGUGCAAACGGUGCAUUCACAAAGCAACCAACAUGGAGUAUGCAGUCAAGGUUAUUGACAAGAGCAAACGGGACCCUUCUGAGGAAAUUGAGAUCCUCCUGCGAUACGGGCAACAUCCAAACAUCAUUACCUUGAAAGAUGUUUAUGAUGAUGGGAAGUAUGUGUAUCUGGUGACAGAACUGAUGAGAGGAGGGGAGCUGCUAGAUAAAAUCCUGAGACAGAAGUUCUUCUCAGAGAGGGAGGCCAGUUCAGUCCUACACACGAUCUGCAAAACGGUGGAAUAUCUGCAUUCUCAAGGGGUAGUUCACAGGGACUUGAAACCCAGCAAUAUUCUCUAUGUGGAUGAGUCAGGAAACCCAGAAAGCAUUCGUAUAUGUGACUUUGGCUUUGCCAAGCAGCUGAGAGCUGAGAAUGGUCUUCUCAUGACUCCUUGCUAUACUGCAAACUUUGUGGCACCUGAGGUACUGAAGCGACAGGGUUACGAUGAGGGCUGUGACAUCUGGAGCCUGGGAGUUCUCCUUUAUACUAUGCUGGCAGGCUGUACUCCAUUCGCAAACGGACCCAGUGACACUCCAGAAGAGAUCCUGACUCGAAUAGGCGGGGGAAAGUUCUCUGUCAAUGGAGGCAACUGGGACACUGUUUCUGACAUGGCCAAGGACCUGGUAUCAAAGAUGCUUCAUGUAGAUCCUCACCAGCGCCUGACAGCCAAGCAGGUCCUGCAGCACCCAUGGAUAACACAGAAGGACAGCUUACCCCAGAGCCAGCUGAAUCACCAAGAUGUCCAGCUGGUAAAGGGGGCAAUGGCUGCCACAUACUCUGCACUGAACAGCUCUAAGCCGAGCCCCCAGCUGAAGCCCAUCGAGUCUUCCAUCCUGGCGCAGCGGCGGGUGAAGAAGCUCCCCUCCACCACCCUGUGAGGAUGGGGUAGUGUGGGGUGGUUACACCAGACUUUGCACAACUACUGAGGUGUGGCAGGACAUAGGGCAGUUGGUGCCUGCCCCUUGAGGACUUGUUCUCAAAUCCACGUCAAGGCCAAGUGCCUUCUGCCUGCAGUAGACUGGCUCCUCCUUGUGUGGACUGAUCUUUGCUGAGAGAACUUCACUGUAAAACUUUUUUGAAGUGUAAAUUGUUGAUUUUUAAAGACAUCCAUCUGUGUAUAUGAGAAUUAGAAUGUAUAACUGAUGUCAAGUGGCACUAAAAAGGAGCUCUGAUUCACCCUUUCCCAUGUAGGGCCAGAUAUUUCAAAUAAGGUAGGGAUCAUCUCGAGAGAGUCCAGCAGAGGGCCACAAAGAUGAUUAAGGGCCUGGAGCCCAGAACUGGUCGUGGUAUUCCGGUUGUUGCCUCUCCAGGACAGAGCAGAGGGGCAGGAUCACCUCCCUCGUCCUGCUAGUCACACUUUUUUAAAUUCACGCCAGGUUACCAUUGGCCUUCUUUGGCCACCAGGGCACACAGAUCUACGGAGCUGUGUAAUUUGCCCUGUGACAGGCAAACUAGCAGUACUGUAGCAGGGCUGCAUAUCAGGCCACCUCCUCUCAGGUGUAUUACACCACUUUGCAGUGUGAAAUAAUGAGACCUAGUUAGGACAAGGCAGGAAUCAACAGGAAGGAUGGCAGGAUGUGGGCUGUGGGGGGAACUCCUUCUCUCAGGGCAUUUUAGUGUUAAUCGAAACCAACGCUUUGAGGUGAACUGUGCUAGAAGUAAAUCCCAGACCCAGUCUCACCUGCAGGCCAGUGCUGGAGCUGCCCCAGUGCUGGCAGAUCAGAAUCACAGAGGCUGCGGAUGCACGAGGGUGUGACUGAAGUCAGCAAAAGUCCUUGUGCAAAUUUCUGCUACGGGCAAGUUUUGAUUAUUAGUUCCCAAUCAACCAAGUGCUGUUACUUUUUUAAUUCCAGUGCUCAAUAAAAAAGGACGUGUUGAUCUCUG